AGACGUCAUAGAAGGUGGGAGGUGAAAGGUCAAGCGCGUGUGUUUGGAUCAUGAAGCGGGUUUAGAAACAUUAGCUUUUGUCAACUUCUGUCGUUGUUUUCAAAACCAUACGUGGAGAAAUCGAGUUAUUAUAUAUCGUAUGCAUAGUAAACACAGCGAGAUUCGUUAUCUAACAGGCUUUAGUCGUUUAUUUUGAACUGUUGUUGUUUCGCUUGGAUAAAAUAGACGGCUAAGCUAACGCAGUUUUCGCGGGAGUGUAGUGUGUAUGAUCGUCGCACUGUGCGCGAGUGUUUAAACAGACCGAAACCUGCAUAUAUAAAGUGAAUUAUAUAAGAAAUUACACAACAUCUAAUUUAAGUGUUUAGUCGGUGUAAUGGCCGAAAGACCAGAGGACCUCAAUCUUCCCAAUGCUGUUAUAACGCGGAUCAUCAAGGAGGCGUUGCCAGAUGGAGUAAAUGUGUCUAAAGAGGCAAGACGAGCUAUUUCUCAGGCAGCUAGUGUUUUCGUUCUCUAUGCAACAUCUUGUGCAAACAAUUUUGCCAUGAAAGCAAAGAGAAAGACGCUCAACGCUGGAGAUGUGAUGUCAGCAAUGGAAGAAAUGGAGUUUGAGCGUUUCUUACAACCCUUACGUGAAGCACUUGAGGCCUACAAGAAAGGCCAGAAAGGCAAAAAGGAAGCAUCAGAGCAGAAACGCAAGGACAAGAAGAAAAAUGGGACAGAAGAGAAUGACAAAAGUAGAGAUGAAGAGGAAGAUGAGCAUAUGGAUGAGGAACAGGAUGGAGAAAACGAAGGGGAUGAAGAGGAUGUGGAGAAUUGAGGCAGAUUAAUCUGUCCUGAUUACCAUCAACUAUGGCAAAUAACAGAAAUUUCCACUUUAAUAGAGGGAAAGUGUAAGCACUUGGCUGGUCAUGAAGUCUGUGGUACCCAAUACAGAGUUUCAUUUAAUGUUUGUAUGUAAAUGUGGCAACAUUACUGUAGAUGGAUGUAAGGUGGUGCUGUACAUAUCAAGAUCUGUAUAUUAGUUAACUGCAGUAUCCAUAGGUUUUCAAUAAAAAGUUAAGCAUUCUCAUUGGCGGUGGAUAGACAAAUUUGUGGGACAGUGAUUUGGAAUGACCGCUAAAAAGCAGGUUUAUGGAAUUUAGUCCACCAUCUAAAGAUUCUUGAAGUGUUCUGUUAAAAUGUACACCAGGAGUAUUUCUGGUAAAUAAACCUAAAUGUCAGAUGCUUGUGCUUACACAUUUAUACCAGUUUUUGUACUAUGAAAUAUUUUUGGAAGCUUUUAAUAAAGCUCAGUUUCUCAAUAUUU